GUUCUACUCUUCCAACCCUAGCCUUCCGCCCUUACCUGCGGUAUCUUUACACAACUAUCGACCGAAUCGACGACCUCGCCUCUGGCCUGAGAUGGUGCACGUCUCUUACUAUCGGAAUUAUGGAAAGACAUUCAAAAAGCCACGUCGCCCAUACGAGAAGGAGCGUUUGGAUUCUGAGUUGAAGCUUGUGGGUGAGUAUGGUCUCAGGUGCAAGCGGGAGCUGUGGAGAGUCCAGUAUGCUUUGAGCCGUAUCAGGAAUAAUGCACGGAAGCUUCUUACCCUUGAUGAGAAGGACCCAAAGCGUAUUUUUCAGGGUGAUGCGCUUCUGAAGAGGAUGAAUCAGUAUGGGUUGCUGGAUGAGAGCCAAAACAAGCUUGAUUAUGUGCUUGCCCUCACAGUUGAGAAUUUCCUUGAGCGCCGUCUACAGACUUUAGUUUUCAAGGCUGGCAUGGCCAAGUCAAUCCAUCAUGCUAGAGUUCUCAUUAGGCAGAAGCACAUCCGAGUUGGAAGGCAGGUUGUCAAUGUUCCAUCCUUUAUGGUCAGGGUGGACUCACAGAAACACAUUGAUUUCUCACUGUCUAGUCCCUUCGGUGGUGGUCGUCCAGGAAGAGUGAAGAGAAAGAACCAGAAGGCAGCUGCAAAGAAGGCUGCUGGUGGUGAUGGAGAUGAAGAAGAUGAGGAAUGAACAUUUCUUAAAUGAAUCUAGAAGCAUGAGGUUUAUGUGCUUGGUUUUUCUUUUCUAUUGUUGACCUCAUAAUGGAUCUUAGUAUGUUUCCUGCCUGCCACCUAUGAUAUCAUUUUCUGAAAAUGAUUUUCGAUACUAUGUGUUUUGCUUUGUAGUAUUCAUAUUUAAUUUUCUUAUUGAAUACUUGAGCAUUUUUUUAAUGUUAGCCUUUUCUAUAUCAUGCUACUUACGUAAUACUAUUACUGCCACAUCUCUCUCUUUCCAUUGCAAGUACAAAAAGUGACAACAAGCCUAGACUUAUUCAUUGACCCCAAAACUAACCAGAAUGCACUUGUCCAGUAGCACCCGGGUGUUGGUGUCUUGUCCGCGCAUGCUCAGGAUUUUAGGAAUAAAGACUUGUCUGACUUGCAAGCUGCUGCUAGUAGGCAUGGACUGGGAUGGGUCCGAGCAUGCUUUGGGUCUUAGCAGGCUUCGGGCUGGGACUGGGACUGGUCCCAAAUAAUCAAGCCCAGUACUGGCCCGGGCAUAGUCACACGGAUCGCGGUACGCUCCGGAAUGUGGAACGAAAACGGGAUCGCGGUUCGCUAAUAUCUAAAAUCCGAUACGUAGGGGAUCGCGGUACGCUCCGGAAGAAGCCUACCGGCUUCUUCGGUACGCUAUUUCGGUACGCGGUACGUUGUUUAUCAUGCUACGAAUUAGGCUAUGAUGGUGGUGUUGGGGAUGUUGAUGAUUGUUGAACACGCCUCUGCUGAUGGGGUGAUAUGUUGGCUUAGUCUAUUAUGUUGGAGUCAUUGUCAUGACAUAUCAGAGUUGCUUUCACAGGGUCUAAUGUCAUAAAGCAUUCAGGGCAUUUAUUCUUCCUAUUGAGACUUUUUGAAGAAUGUAUUAUUCAAAAGAUUUGAAGAUUGGAAUUCCAGGCAGCCUAAUUCUAGUCUCUUCUUUCUAGAAAUUGAUUGUUUUUAUGGUUUAUAUGUUUUUUAAUUUAAAUUAUAAGGUGAAGGUGGAUGGGAUUCAUC